CUCUUCGCCCUCGUUCUAGGCUUCUAGCUGGUCUGCGGUCGUCUCCGCUUGUUCUUCCCUUGGCGCUAGGUGCAUUUUUGUGUUAUGUUAUUCGUUAUUGUUUAAAAAAUCCUUCUGUGAAGCCAUCUGGUUUUUCUGAAGACAUGGAGAAGAAGAAGAUACUGCUGAACUCCCCGCUUUGGCGUAAGGCUUCAUCGGCUAAUGUAUCGGCGUCAGAUGAGAUCCCCACGCCGGAGAAGCCGGCCCAACAGCUUCGGCGGGCCGGCAAACGGAAGCUGUCCUUCUCAGUAUGUGAUGUACGUAAGGUCGCCAUGGGAUUGCGGAUGACCCGAAACACAUCCACCAAUCCAUCGGAUCUGGAUCUUCCCAGAUCCGAUGGAGAGCUGCAGCGGAAAUCUAAAUCGUCUUCUGCUUCCGCCGCCAUGUUAUCAGCUGCCAGAAAGACAACGAAGCUUUCAGAAAAUUAUGAGAUGUUGGCAGAGUUCUUCAAUUGUUUGGACAGUUCAGUCCGAUUACUUAGGCUGAAAGGAGCGUCGUCCACAUUUACAAGCAUUAGUGCUAGCAUACAACAUUUAACAGAGAGGAGAUUUACUUAUAGGCAUUUAGCACAAAUGAAACAUAUAUUACCUGAAGCAAUUUCAAUUAAAAAAGUGCUUUUGCGUGAUGAGGCCACUUGUUGCAUGAAGCCAGAACUUCAAGUUUCUUUGCAAGUGGAUGCAGUGGAAAGGAACCCGGAACUAAAAGGGGAGAGUCCAUAUUCAGCCUUAAGAAAGGUUUUCAGAGAUAGGCUUGUCCAAUUUGCUAGAGAACAUCCAGAGGAAGAUGACAUUCCAGAAGAAACACUGCCACAUCCUUUUGGUCGUACAAACCCAAGCAUGCUGACAGAAUUCAAUAAAUUAGCUCCUUCCAUUCGAACUAGAUCAUUGUCUGUAGCCCAUCCAGCAGAAAAUUUAACUAAAGUUUCACACUUCUCUGCAUCUUUCCAGAGGAGGUUUUCUACAAGAACUCCAUGUUCUGAUGAAAUGAAAACUCCUCUUACUUCCGUCAAUGAUGUUGCCACUAAUGUUGAUUCACUAGCCUCUAGUUUCCCAUCCCCUGUUAAAUUUUCUUCAAAGCCUUCCAUCAGCAAGAAACCACUGUUUUCUUCUCCCGGUAAAAGACCUUUGGUGAUUCAUGAUCAACAAAUUGAAGAGGAUUCAAAAGUGUUGAUUAGUGCCCACAACAGCAUUUCAAGUGAAGUAAAAUCUAUAGAAUCCACUCCAAUCAAGGACAUUUUAUCUUCUGCUAGGCUAAUGAUCACUACGCCAGAUCUUCAGACCCCAAAGAGAAGUCGCAUACCAUCAAUUGAUGAUACUCCACAAAAGGCACUUGUGAAACGGGAAACUCGGACCAAAUUAUUUCCAACUCCAAGGAAGAAUGUGAAAUCAGACGGUGAAGAUAACUUGUCUGAAAGUUCACCAGUAGAAGAUGAUGUGCUUGGUUUUCUUCCAGAGUCACUUCUACAAGAUAUAAGGGACAAGGAAAAGAAAGCGAUGGAGGAAAGGGAUGCCAAUGUAGCUGGGGCAAGGCUACGGAAAAAGAUGAUUGCAAGUUUGCCUAAACUUUUUGAUUCAAUACUCCUGAUAUUUCAAUCUGGGAAUAGAUCUGUAAUUACAAAGCAAGAGCUUAUUCACAAGAUUCUUUCGUGUAACUGCAGUGUAAUUGAUAGAAAUGAAGUUGAAGAACAGUUGGAGUUAAUGGAAGAAUUGGCGCCAGAUUGGAUAUUUCGAAAGGCGGCAGCUACAGGGGACAUCCUCUACCGUGUGAAUAAAAUGUCAAGCUCCCAGGAGAUUCGGCAGAGGCUUGCAGUAGCCGUGUGAAAGAAUGCCUCAGUGACAAUUUUACUGAUUCAAAGUGCUUAAUCCAUUGUUGAGGUUGGCUUGCUAGCUUGGAAUGGUGUGCCUGAAAUCUUUCUGCUGUUACCACCGGUGGUUGCAACCAAGCACAACGCUCUUGCUUCUAUUUAACAAACCAGAUGGAACAUUGUAUCUUUAUGCGGCAAAAGCUAUAGAGAAACUGAGAAAGUUGUCUCUCAAGAAGUAUGUGUCAGAAUGUAGGCCUUACACAAGCCUUGUGUCUUGUACAAUGUUUUUAUCAAUGUAGUCUAUCCCUGCCCCUUGGUUGGAGGAAUUUUUAUUAUGUGCGGAGUUCGGAUGUCGUCCAGAGACCAAUAAAAAUGCGCCACAUCAUCCCAAAAAUGUACUGUGCUUGGUACCAAGCACAAUACUAAGGCUCGGUACCAAGCGCGGACCGGACGGGAGAACCGUCCGGUGUUUGUACUUCAGGGACCUCCAAGCAAAGUUGCAUACCAAUGUUUGCGUUUUGACAUUUGAUUUUUCCAGAAAAAAGGUAAUUUUACUUUGAA